AUGUCGGUAUCGGCUACUGCAGGACCACAGUCCGAACGUAGUCCGAUCCGAUCAGAAGACUGGCCAGAGGAUAUCAGCGAAGCCCGCUCACAAGAUGACGAGCGGAUGCAAUUCACUGGCGAUGGACUGAAUACAGGCGUCCGAGUGCGAGGAGAUGGACGCCUCGAUAUCCGGAUCAAGGAACACAAAGCGAGUAUCGCCGGACUGCUGCAUCAUAUUCAGAAUACCCCUCUACAAUCAGAACGGGAACACGCAGGUAGUAUAGCAGGUAGUACCUCCAGCCGUAAAGAAAGGGAUGGGAUAAACUUCCCACUGUGCAUGAAUAUCGUGAUCCAAGUCAUCGGCUCCCGCGGAGAUAUCCAGCCGUUCGUUGCACUUGGAAAAGAGUUGAAAGCCCAUGGACAUCGCGUACGACUGGCGACCCACCUUGCAUUCCGAGAAUUCAUUCUCGAAGGAGGACUAGAAUUCUUCAAUAUUGGGGGAGAUCCGGCGGAGCUAAUGGCAUUCAUGGUCAAAAAUCCCGGUCUGCUUCCAGGAUUAUCUACGAUUCGAAGCGGUGCGAUACAGAAGCGGCGUCGGGAGAUGAAAGAGAUUAUCCACGGGUGCUGGAGAUCAUGUUUCGAAAUCGGUGAUGGAACAAAUAUGCAUCAGAUCAAAGAGGAUCUUUGGGGCGAUACACCUGAUUAUCGGCGAAGGCCCUUCGUGGCCGAUGCCAUAAUUGCUAAUCCUCCUAGUCUGGCGCAUAUUCAUUGCGCGCAACGGUUGGGGAUACCGCUUCAUAUUAUGUUCACGAUGCCAUGGUCACCUACACAAUCCUUCUCCCAUCCACUCGCUAUUAUUCACCAACAAGACUGCAAGCGGUCGGUCGCGAACUUUGUAUCCUAUGCUGUCGUUGAUAUGAUGGUUUGGGAGGGCUUGGGCGAUCUUGUGAACAGCUUUCGCAAGAAGUCUCUCUCUCUCGAUACAUUGGAUAGUAUUGUCGGACCUAGCAUACUCCAUAGGCUGCAAAUACCUACCUCAUACCUUUGGUCCCCGGCCGUAUUACCCAAACCAAGCGAUUGGGGCGACAACAUUGAUAUUUGUGGGUUCAGCUUCCUCCCUUCAGAGUCCGACUAUAAGCCGUCUGCGGAAAUCGACCAAUUCCUCAAAGCCGGACCACCGCCGAUAUACGUAGGCUUCGGUUCUAUCGUGGUAGAUGACCAAGUCACAUUAACCAAGAUCGUCUUUGAGGCCGUCAAGAAGUCAGGUCAACGGGCAAUCAUAUCAAAAGGAUGGGGAAAUCUUGGUGCCGAUGUCGUCGAUGUUCCUGACGAUAUUCUCGUAAUCGGCAGUUGUCCUCAUGACUGGCUAUUUCGACAAGUGUCAUGCGUGAUUCAUCACGGUGGCGCAGGUACAACUGCCGCUGGACUUGCACUCGGAUGCCCGACCAUCAUCAUACCGUUUUUCGGUGACCAGGAGUUCUGGGGAGGAAUUGUUGCGCGUGCAGGGGCUGGGCCACGACCGAUACCUCACAAACAAUUGACCGUGGACAAAUUGAGCGAAGCAAUUGAUAUGGCGCUCAAGGAGUCCACUCGGCAAAAAGCACAGACUAUCGCGAAGAAGAUGGAAAAUGAAUCUGGGGUGCGCGAAGGCGUUCGCAGCUUCCACCGUCAGCUGGAUUUGAAGUCGUUGCGGUGUUGCAUAUGUCCUCAUCGUCCUGCAGUAUGGCAUCUCAAACGAACCAAUUUGGGCUUCAGCGCAUUUGCCGCGGCUAUAUUGGUCGAGACGGGGAGCUUGAAGCCAGAGGAUCUGGUACUGAGCCGAGCUAUGGAAUACGAUACAUAUCGCGAUCCCGUCGGUCCAAUUAGCGCUUCCGCACAAGUCUUGUAUGGAGCGAUCGCCAAUUUCAUCACAGGCCUAGCAGACGUGCCAACAGAGAUGGUGCAUGAAAUUGUUUCAGCCGGUCGGGCGAUAACUCAUGCUCAUGCCCACCCCAAUGACCACACCAAGCCUCAUAAGAAAUGGCACCGCGCACGUCAUGAUGAAGAUGAACUUGUCAGUGAUCUGUCAUCAUCAGAGCAUUCAGUCGAGGCGCAACAAGAGCAAACCCACGGCCACGAGUCGAGUGAUGAAGAAGGACAGGAAGGAGCGGCAGAGGAUGAGGAUGAAAAUGAAAAUGAAAUGAUGGAUUCCGACACCGAACCUGGGGACUAUAGUCUAUUUCCUGAGACCGACGUCGAGAAGAUGCAUAGUCUGGAGCUAGAGAGAGCAAAAACCAUGGGUGAUGAAAUCGCACCAACGCAUGCGCACGGUGGUCUCUUCGAGGCUGCUAAUCAUGGACGCAGGAUGUCUAUGAAGGUUGUCAAUUUAAUAAUCUGGCUUCCGACCGAUCUCUCGCUCAGUAUGGCCAGGGCCUUUCACAAUGCACCGAAGCUAUACCACGACCGGAUGGUGAAGACCACGCCAAAGGUGAAGGGAGUUCGGAGUGGCUUCAGAGCAGCGGGAUAUGAAUUUCGCAAUGGAUGGUAUGACGGCGUCACAGGGUUGGUUACUCAGCCUCGAUAUGGUUAUAAAGAAAAUGGCACCAAAGGAAUGUUCAAGGGCAUUGGAAAGGGCAUCGGGGGAGUUUUCCUGAAACCCCCAGCAGCUCUUUGGGGACUUGCCGGGUAUCCUUUGACCGGGCUGCGCCUAAAGCUCCUGAGAUCACUCGGUAAAACAGAGGAAGGACAUAUGAUUUUAUCUCGCAUCGCGCAAGGCCAUGAAGAGAUGCUGGAAUCAACAGCUGAUGAUAGGGCCAAAGUGGCCAGGAAGUGGGCCUCGAUCGAAGCAAAACUAAGUGAAGGCAGGCAAUCCAUCCGAUCCUGCCCUAGUCGCCGCCUUGUCUAG